CCUUAGCCGGUCAUUGGAGCCGGAUUGUCGAAACCCAAAUUCAUGCACCUCGUGGGUUGGUGAGUCUCACCCAGGAUCUAGGGUGUUUCACGCGGCCCAAGCACCCAAUCACCGUCAAAUGGAGUGCUGGUUGGAGACGCAAAAUAGGGCAAGCCUGGCCCGCGGCUACUAUACACUUUCCUUAUUUAAAGGUUCGCGUAAAAAAAAGGCAACUAUUCACUUCUUACAAAAAAACGAUAUAUAUAUACGCCAUCGCGAGAUGGGAUCUUGUUCAAGCAAACCUGCAUCUUCCAGCAGCACUAUGAUCCAUUCCCAAAGCAUUCCUCCUCCCCAAGGGAGCAUUAUAUACCUCCAAAGCGCCCCUCCCCCACCAGUUAUGCCCGCGCCUCUAUCCUACGAUCUCCCCAAAGAAUGGGUCUGUCAGUACGAUCCUCUAAGCAAACACCUUUUCUAUGUCAAUAGAUUUACUGGUAUGCGGCAAUGGGAGCAUCCUAAUGGAGCUGCGGCUGCUGCCAAUGAUUCUGCCAAUUUUCGACAACAAAUGGUUGUCUAUGAGCAAAACCUGGCAGCCUACAACCGCCUGUACGGCGCUGGUGCUGGAGGUGGACUUCCUCAGAUGAGUCCGCAGAUGAGUCCGCAGAUGAGUCAGCAGACUAGCAAUGUUAGCAACGCUACGGUGGCUGGUGGUAGGUCCAAUCGGGAAGGGGCAAGCUUAGCCAAGGGAGCAGUGGUGGGCCUCAUGGCAGGAUCCGUCAUCCGGAACUCCAGAAACCGUCGCGCUAGGUGCUAAGUGGUGGUGCCACAUAUGAUAAUGAAGAUUACCUGAAGCCUGAAAUGAGCACUUCGAGAUUUUCGCAUUCCUCAAAUGCACGAACAUCCUUUUAUUGCGCACCCUUUCCUACCCAUCUGACCUUGAUGCAGAUUCUCCUGAGCCAUAAAAUCAGUUAUAGCCAUAUUCUAUUGAGUGCUCCAACCAUAAACGAGUGUUCAUGCCAGAGCCAUAUUCAAAAGUU